UUGAGGUUGUCUUGUUUCUCCUUUUCUGUGCUAAACAAACACCGACCUCAGUUACAGUUAAUCUAACCGUUUGAUUCGGUGAGGUCAUGGCGUUUUGGCACCGAAUCCGAAACCCCAACCUCAAAACCCUGUGCAUCCAAUUCCAACGAUGUUACAUUCACCUUCCGCAUGCUUCCACCCCCAAACCCUUCCCUGUGGACAUUCCACAUCAGAAUUCGGUGUUUCAUGGCAGACCCACAAGUGUUUUCAAUACCGUGAGGUUCUUCGCUGCACCUCUUCAGUAUCAGGUAAAGCACAAGAAUGAGGAGGAUUCGGGUGAUCUACGGUUGAAUGAGAAAAUCAAAGCUCCAUAUGUCAGGCUUGUGGUGGAUGAUGGGCAUCAUUCAAUAGUGCCAAGGUUUGAAGCAUUGGAGCGUGCCAAGACGCUUAAACUUGAUUUAGUUGAGGUUGAUAAAAAUGCUAAGCCACCUGUCUGUAAAAUUAUGGACUUCCACAAGCAAAUGUAUAAGCGGCAAGAAAGGGAAAAGGAGCGUGCUAAAAGCAAGGCUGAGAUGACACUGCGAAAGGAUGUUAAGGAAGUGCGAUUUUCUGAAAAAACUGAAGCAAAAGAUCUGAAGAACAAAGCAGAUAUGAUCAAAAAGUUAAUGGAGAAGGGUUACCGAGUGAAGUGCAAGGUAUCAGGCAAGGAAGAUCAGGACUUGACAGUAUUAUUUUCUCCUAUUCUUGCUCUGAUGGAAGAUGUCUGUAUUGUGGAAAGUGGACCACAUAUGGGAAAAAAAGAUGCAUUUAUGAUUGUCAGACACAUUAAGUAUGGGUUAUCUAAGAAAGGUGGGAAAAAAUUGCAAAAUGCAACAAACGAUAAUUCUCAGGAGGGUGAUAUGGAGAAAUCAACUGCCAAUUCUAGUGAUUCCAUUGAAUAUGAGAGUCAUGCUGAAUCUGGGUUUGAAACGGAGGAGGAGGUGCUUUCUGAUGGUGACAAGCUUUCUAAAAGUUCUUUGUCUGUAUUUAGCAACAAUGUGAACAUGACUGGCUCUCAUAAUAAUCAAACAAAUGCUGCUCCAGAAGCAUCUCCUGUCUCCGAAAAUAGGUAUAGGAGAACUAAUCAUCAUGGUGAGAAUAACGUCCAAUCUAAUGCACACGUGCCUCCUGCUGUGACUGAGAACAGGUACAAAAGAGUAGAGCCAAGAGGCAGAUUCCAACAAACAUCAAAUAAUGCAGGUAUGAACUAUCAAGGUCCCGGAACAAGAGAUGCAUUCAGGUCACCACUGCCGAAUUGGAAUCAGACAAGGCAUGCGCCGGUAAAUGCUAACGUUAAUCCAAGAAUAGAAAACAACAGGCAAGCUUUUACACUUCCUGGAUCAAGACACUCAAUGCCUUCCCAUGAGAAUAUCCGGAGUCCUCCUCCUAAUGCUCCUAAUACUCCUAGACCUGGUUAUGGCAAUUUUAGUAGCCCAAAUGAGAGUAUCCCUACGCAUCCUGGUGCUACCAAUACCCCAAGAUCUUCUAGUUAUGGCAAUUUUAGUGCUCCAAAUGAGGGUAUCCCCAGGCAUCCUAGUGCUCCCAAUAGCCCAAGACCUUCUAAUUAUGGCACUUUUAGUACUCCAAAUGGCCCUGAGACACAAGGUUUAAAAGCAGGGAUGCAUAGGAACAGAGAAGGGAAUAAGUAAAUUUGAGAAAUAACAGUCAGCAAAUAAGGGAUAUUUGCAACUCAAAUGGAGGAGGGUUGUAUCAAAGUCGACCUACUUAGGAGGGCUAAUAUAUUUCAAGGACAAAUGUGGUGCAGUGACACAUUAUAUACUCUUUAGAAACAUGUUGCAGCUGUAUUUAUUUACCUUGGAUGACCCGUGGAAACAGGUCUAUUUGUUUAGUGAGAGUUUUGGUAGGGAUUUUCCUUCAAAUCUGUUGUUGGUAGUUUUAGCAUGGAAGCAUACAAUUUUUGUUGUUUAUUUUAUUUUAUUUACCUGUGGAGACGGGGAAUUUUUAAACUUCCCAAUGACCACUGGAAAUUUUGAUCUACGAUGUAAUAUGUUUUGCCCCUCCUUCCUAAGCACGACCUGGUUCUAUCAUUGUUUAAUAAUCAUAUGAUAAGAUUGUUUGACAGCUAA